CCGAUGUAGCUUAAUCUCUGUCGUGUUCCGUUAUCAUGUUUGAUUCAUGGGAUUUGACUGUUUUUCAUGUUCGAUUCAUGGGUCUCUCUGCGUUUCUUUGUCUGCAUUCUGUGUUCAAGGGUUUGACCUGUUUUCUUUCAGUCUUCAAUUCCUCAAUUUCAUAGAUUUUGUUUUCUUUUUCCGUGUACUGAAUUGUGAAGUUUGCUCCUUUUAUAUGUUUGAUUCAUGGGCUCUGAUGUCUGAUUCAUCUGUUUUUCUUUGAGUUAUUGUCUGAUUUUGAUUCCUGAAGUAUGUUCCUUUCCUAUUCUGGAUCCGUAGGUUCCACCAGUUUCACAUUUUGAUCCACAAAGUUCGUUCCUUUUCCACGUAUGAUUAAUGGGCUUGAUCUGUUUCUCUCAUUCAUGCCAUUCAAUCAACUCUUCAUGUUCGAUCCGCUGAUCCCAUCCCCCCUUCAACUUUCACGGUGUAAGCAUUACAGGAGGAGGUGCAGAAUCAGAGCCCCAUGUUGCAACGAAGUCUACUCUUGUCGCCAUUGCCACAACGAGGCUAUGGGUUCAUUGAGCAAUACCUACAGCCACCAUGAGAUUGUUCGUCAAGACGUGAAACAAGUUAUUUGUUCCGUUUGCGAUACAGAGCAGCCGGUUGCUCAUAUCUGCUCCAACUGUGGUGUAAACAUGGGGGAAUAUUUCUGCAAAACCUGCAAAUUCUACGAUGAUGAUAUGGAGAAAGGGCAGUUCCACUGUGAUGACUGUGGAAUUUGCAGAGUUGGUGGCCGCGAGAACUUCUUCCAUUGCAAGAAGUGUGGGUCUUGCUACUCGAUCAGUCUGCGCAACAACCAUCGGUGUGUGGAGAACUCCAUGAGGCAUCACUGCCCGAUCUGUUUCGAGUACCUAUUUGACUCGCUGAAAGACACAAUAGUUAUGAAAUGCGGGCACACGAUGCACUGCGAAUGCUACCACGAGAUGAUCAAGCGUGACAAGUUCUGUUGUCCCAUUUGCUCAAGAUCAGUGAUUGAUAUGGCAAAGACAUGGCAGAGGCUGGAUGAGGAGAUCGAUGCAACUGCCAUGCCUCCAGACUACCGCGAUAAAAAGGUCUGGAUACUAUGCAAUGACUGCAACGACACGACUGAAGUAUACUUCCAUAUAAUCGGGCAGAAAUGUGGGCACUGCAGAUCGUACAAUACCCGAGCCAUCUCGCCUCCAGUGCUUCCGCAAUGACUGAUAGGAUCAUCAUCGUAUACUUGCCGAAACCUCAGUCCUGUUUAUUGUAAGGGACCGAGGAAAAAAAAAACAGAGAAGCAAGAACUUGGUAGCAGAUUACUCAAACAUGACAGAGUGAAAACAGAUAAUCUUCUUCCUGAUUUGAUUUGUUGUUGUUGUUGUUGUUGUUGACAUUGAUCAUUGUAUAUUGUGAUCGGUGUUGGAAUACCGGGAAUUAUGUAAACUUAUAUUCUUGAUCCAGGAAAGUUUCCUGGAGACCGGAUCAUUGGAUCAAGUGGGUUACAGAACACUGGAAACUUAGCAGCGAUCAGUGGCAUGAAUGUCAUUUUGUGAAAGAACAA